GAUGGCGGGUGACUCAGCCGAUCAAGGUCAAGGCGAUGCACAGCUGAUCCAGGAGGUUGAGUGUCUGAAAAGAAAGCUUGAGGACGAGCGCAAUAAGCUUUCUGAUGAAGAUCUUGUCACAGCUAGUCAGCACCUAGAUGCAGUGCCGUCUUUAAACAUUCGGUUACGACGAGUACUUAAAGGUCAUCAGGGUAAAGUAUUGAGUCUCUCGUGGUCUUUAGAUAAACGGCACAUAGUAAGCUCUUCACAGGAUGGAAAAAUUCUAGUUUGGGAUGGUUUCACUACAUCUAAAGAAUACUCAAUAUCAAUGCCUACCACCUGGUUAAUGUCAUGUGCAUACAGUCCUUCCGGAGGCUUCAUCGCCUGUGGUGGCCUUGACAAUAAAUGCACAGUUUACCCACUUCUUUCGGAGGAGGACCCCAUCCUCAAGAAAAAGCUUGUAGCAACCCAUACUUCAUACUUAUCCUGCUGUUUAUUCAACAUAUCUGAUCACCAGCUGCUUACAGGGAGCGGAGACAGUUCAUGUGUCUUAUGGGAUGUUGAAUAUGCACAAAUAAUACAAAGUUUCUAUGGUCAUUCUGCGGACGUGCUGAGCAUUGCACUAUCGCCAUCAGAAUUCGGAAAAACAUUUGUUUCUGGGGGAUGUGACAGAUGUGCUAACGUCUGGGAUAUGCGCACUGGACAGUGUGUUCAGGUAUUCCAAUGUCAUGACUCUGAUGUCAACAGUGUCAGGUUUUUCCCUAGCGGUGAUGCGUUUGCCACAGGCUCAGAUGAUGCAACCAUCAGAUUAUUUGAUCUGCGCGCUGAUCGUGAAGUUUGUGUAUACAAAAAGGAUAGUGUCAUUUUCCCAUGCAAUGCAGUUGACUUCUCUCUAAGUGAAAGGACCAACAUUUCUCGAAUAUCAGCAAGAAAAGGACUAAAACUUUCAAGUUGGCAGAUCACUUCCGACCGUAGAUUUGCUAGUCCGAUCCUUGCUGUACUUCGUUCUUCACCGCCAGCAUUCUUAACACAUACAAAAUAUCAAGUUUCUAGAAGCAGCAUUCAUUAAUCUCUCGUCGUGCUUCAGGUCGCCUAUUGUUUGGUGGUUAUAGUGAUCAUGCUGUGAAUAUCUGGGAUGUACUCAAAGGUCAACGUAUUAGUAUUCUCUAUUGUCAUGAAAAUCGUAUUUCAGCAUUACGUGUCAGCCCAGAUGGAACAGCUAUAUGUACUGGGAGUUGGGACACAACUUUACGGAUUUGGGCGUAAAAAUUUCUUUGUUUAUUUUACGGGAAAAAUAAAUUUCAUGAAUAUAUGAACUCAUUUUAUAAUAUACAUUCGUAUUACCUGACAUUUUAAAAUAUUGACUUACUUUAUUCUUGCAUUUAUUAGAGUAAACACGAAUCUUUAUUUAUUUCAAGUAUUUUCCUUUUAUUAUUUGUUCACAUUUAUAAAAGCUCUCUACGUGUGAUAAUUCUUAUUUUAUGCGUGUUAUUUCUUCUGUGUAUAUAUUUUAUUUAACUUUAUUAUUAUUAUUAUUAUUAUUAUUAUUAUUAUUAUUAUUAUUAUUAUUACUAGUUCUCUGUGUUUAUUAGAUAAACUUACCAUAUUAUGUAAUGCAUAAAUUUGUUAAAAAGCAGCAUGUUUUUUGUUUUGUGGAGAUAUACAAUAAUUAUAAAUAGUUGAAAUUUGCUUUUUUGGAAUGGGACAUUCAAUAGUUUGGGCGUCUGUGUUAAUUCACAUGAAAUCUUUUAUUUUCACUUUUAUUAUUGUUUUUCUUGGUAUCACUGUGAUCAAGCACGUUAUUGUUUUAAUGUAUUUAAUACUAAUAAUUGACGAACCAUGUUUUACACAUACUUUUGUUUAAUUCAUUAUUUGUGAUUUUACUGUUUCAAUAUUGAGUUUUAAUUCUUGUUCUAAAAUACGGUAACAGGCAUUGAUAAAUAUAUAUCAAUUACGACUAUCAAA